UAAACAAAUGAUAUAGAUUAAAAACAUUGAAAAUCAGCCACGCGUAUUUUUGGAGAUCUUUGCUUAAACAUUUUAAUACUUUUCGAAAUUAAAUAGAUUUUUAACUUCGGUUUUUAAACAAAGAAAUUAUUUAAUUUAUCUUCAUUAACGUCAAUAACAAUUAUCUUCGUGGAUCAAUUGUCUGUAACCACAGAUUGUCAAACUAACCAAAUUGACUCUUUUAUUUAUUAUUUCUUCCAUGGCUUUUGAUUACAUAUUGCAUCUUAUUUUUGCAGCGUGAUUUUAAAAAGACUUCAAAAUCAGAGCUACAGUCAAACUACCUAACAUAGAACUGUAAAAAGUAUAUAAUUCUGGUCUAAAUUCAAUUCUUACCGUUUUUUUGCAGAAGAUUUCUAUCUUACCAAAUUUGCAAACUAAUUGCCAAUAAUUGCACCAACGAUUGAGAAAUGCCGCCGAGCCAGUGUAGCUUAUCGUGGUUUGUGAAGAAGCCAGUCUACCUGUCUGUCUCCCAAUCCGACCCCUCCGACCUCACUCACUCGGGGGUGGCGGUGAUUGACGUCAUGUUUCCCACUGUCUCCUCCUUCCCCUUCAGCCAAAUGUCCUUCAAAAACAACUACACUGCAUUCAUAACACUCAAAGUCAAGUGCAAAGACAGCACGAAUGGAAGCCAAACAUCCAAAACACCCCAACAGAGCAACUCGUCAGGAGUGACCAUGGUCGGCAGAGAACCCAGUCGCGAGGCCCUGCAGACGUCGGCAGGGAUCUCAAAAAUCACUUCCAAAUGGAAAACGGUGCUAAAGAAUUUCCCACUGAUGCCGAAUCCAAAUUCAGAAGAAGGCUCACAGAAAACAUUUGUCAUAACAAGAGACGUGAUGAGACAAUUCAGCAGAGACGUGGUGCAGUUCAGACUGAUAAUCAGACAACCGUCUCCCUACUGGACAAAUUUCGACAUUGAGAACCUACACUUCGAACAGGAGGCCAAAAACAAUCAGGACCACAACUCAGCUCUUGCUCAUUCGCUUGUAACGACCCUCAAAGAAAUUAGCGAGCAAAAUAAGGACAGUUCAACUAAAAACCCAGAACAGGAGGAUUCAAACUCACAAGAAAUUUCAUCCUUGUCGAAGACAACAAAACCACAGAAUUCGAGAAGGGGUUUAGAAUUGAGAGCCGAAAAAGUAGGAUCGAUUCUUCAGAAUAUGUGGGCACUGACUGAACUGUAUUCCAGGGUUAAACAUACCGAGACAAUCGGAAGAUUCGACGUAGAAGGAAGUUACGAGAUUAAUUUAUUGUCGUAUAAUUAAAAAUAAACUAUAAUUUCAACAUUUUUUUGUUCUCAACAUCAAUUGUUCGACCAGUGAACGUGGAAAGAACUCUGAUCUCGGGAGUGUUUUUUUAAAACUCAAAAUUGAAUUAACAGUCAAUGAAAUUACAGAAUAUAUAGUGACAUAUCAUGUGCAAGCCCGACUAGUCAUGAUUGAACUGCAAUGAAAUUGCAUUUAAUUGAAAUUUUUUCAGUUUCGAUAAAAAUGGAGUUUGAUUUUUAAUUUGAGACAUAAGUACCAGAUUUUGCUAGUACUGAGGUAUUAAUAUGUUAGAGAUAUAGUCACAAAAGA